CACGCACGGUUUCAAAACCCACUUAAAACCUUCGUCUUCAAGCGGAAGGCCCCAAACCCGUUGCGCUUCUCCCACAACUCCACAAGUAGUGUAUCCCAGAAGACACGCCCAUCACGCCGCGCCGCGCCGCUCCCGCUCCCGAGAUGGCACGGCACGCCAAGACGGACUCCGACGUGACGAGCCUGGCGCCGUCGUCGCCCCCGCGUUCCCCGCGCCGCCCGGCGUACUACGUCCACAGCCCCGCCGCCUCCCACCCGGACGUCGUGGCCUCCGGCGGCGGCGCCGGCGCCGCGGCCGACAAGAUGUCGCUCGCCGGCUCCACCCCGGCCGAGUCCCCGCUCCACUACCACUUCCACCACUCCGGCGCCGCGACGCACCACUCCCGCGAGUCCUUCACCGGCCGCCUCCUCUUCUCCGACCAGCUCCGCUCGGGCGGCGCGGCGGGGGCCGUGCCCUGGCGCCGCCUCGGCCACGGCAGCGGCGCCGGGAGCCUCGGGGACGACGACGACGAGGACGGAGGCCGCCCCGGGUCGCAGUCGCCGUGGAGGUGCUACGCGCUGGCGGCGUUCGCGUUCGUCGCCGUCUUCGCCUUCUUCCUGCUGGUGCUGUGGGGCGCGAGCAAGUCAUACAAGCCCCACGUCGAUGUCAAGAGCGUGGUGUUCGAGUCGUACCACAUCCAGGGCGGGACGGACCGGACGGGCGUGCCCACCAGGAUGAUGUCGGUCAACGCGACGGUCAGGCUGCGGUUCCGCAACCGGGGCACCUUCUUCGGCCUCCACGUCACCGCCGCGCCCUUCCACCUAUUCUUCGACGACCUCACCGUCGCCUCCGGAAACAUGAAGGAGUUCUACCAGGCGCGGAAGAGCGGGCGGGUGGUGACGGUGUCCGUGGUGGGGAAGCAGGUCCCGCUCUACGGCGCGGGCGCCAACCUGCACAGCAAGCCCAACAACGGCCGCCUCGGCCCCGCGGUGGUGCCCGUCAGGCUGGCCUUCGUGCUCCGGGCGCGCGCGCACAUCCUCGGCCUCCUCCUGCGCUCCAAGUUCUACCGCCGGUGCGUCUGCCGCCUCGACGUCCGCGAGGCCCACCUCGGCAAGCCCGUGCCCGGCGUCGCCGCCCGCUGCGAGUACCACGACGGGAGGUGACGGCAGAGCGUUCGUGUUGUCGAUAUGGCUGUGUUUGGUUGGGUGGCGUUGAUUGCAACGUCUGAAUUCAGGCGUGCGUGGUGAACUGAUGACUGAUCUAGUAGCUGUUUGUAGGCGUGUGAUAGCGUUCGUGUCAAAAAAAUUCUUGGAACAACGGGGCUAAAGGCUAAUUUUAACUGAACCACGCAUCCGAAUUCAGAAA